UCUUGCACCUCCCACCACCAUCUCCAGAAAGCCUUAGGCACGGUGGCGGCGCAUUCCAAGAGUCUGUGGCUUGUCCAUAAAUUCUACCGCGAGGGCGUUCCUCGAGGGCCAUUAGAUGAACCCCGCUCAGGUCACCUAUGGCCCAGUUCUUAUUGGCGCUUUCCUGAACGUGUUUCUGUUCGGGAUUGCGGCCGCUCAAAUUCUCCAUUAUUUUACAACAUAUAAGAAGGAUUGCAUCUGGAUAAAGGCAUACGUUGUCGUCCUGGCAGUGGCCGAUCUGCUCAACUCAAUCUUCGACAUCUAUUGGCUAUACGCCGAUCUCGUCACGAAUUUUGGCAAUGAUGCCAGUAUCAACGUCGCGGACUGGCGUGUCGCCACCAACCCUGCGAUGAUCGCGAUCAUUGCUAUCUAUGUGCAGCUUUUCUUCGCAUGGAGAGUGCAGGUGCUCACCAAUAGCUGGUGUGUCACUGGGCUAGUUGUCCUGACCGCCGUCGUUUCCUGCUGUGGUGGUCUCGACGCUGCAGUUACCAUCCAUCACGUAAAGUACUACAGCAACUUCUACAAAUUAGAUCCGGCUGUCACGGUCUGGUUGAUCUCUACGGCUUUCUGCGACUCUGCGAUUGCUAUUGCGUUGACAUGGCAUCUCGUGAGCCGACGUUGCGGCGAACUGUAGGAACUUUGGAUGCUAACAUCAUCUCAGAGACGGCACAAGAAGGGUUUUCAGCAUACUGACGAGAUUGCAGGCAAGAUUAUUCG